GCAACUCGUGUGUAGUUCUUCUCUUAUUUUCUGAAUACUUGAAGAUUAAAAAGGCUCCACUCACAACUGGACAGAUGGAUCUAAAGCCUCAAACUGCCUCACAAGUCACAGGAAUUGUGGUGGUGAACAUUAUAUGGUGGAUGGUAAUGAUAGCAGCCAUUGGACUGGGGGCCACGCACCUGACAAGUUGUACCAUACAGCCCCACAUCCCCAUUUACCUGAUAGUGCUGGGGGCAAACAGCAUCCUCUCACUGACUCUGACCUACACCAGCAGCGCCUUUGAUGAUGGAGCGAUCCACGUCCUGUCCACAGCCUGUAUGACAGUUCUUCACAUCUUCAGUUUUGCCUGGUUCAUAGCAGGCAGCAGCUGGAUUUAUUCUGUCUAUCCUCCAAACUACUUACCUGGAAAAGCUCCGUACUGCCACAAGGUGACCUACCAGUUUGCGUUUGUCGUCACUACACUGGUGUGGGUCGCACUGGGUCUCAUUGUCUUCUGUGGUUGUUGCUUCGGCAUGCUGAUCUGCUGCAGGACUAUGUGUGCUAGACGUCACUUGAUACCCAACCGAGGCAGUUUCUAUGGUGCAAUAAGUGAGUCUGCUGGUGAUGUGUGAUUUUAAAUCCCAGAUUAUGUCCUCGGGUAUUUAAGGAAAUUGUCUUUUGGCCAGUGAUGCAGAUUUUGAUCCUCUUUCUGAGGAUUGAUUUUGUUUUAUCACUGUGAGGGUUAUUAAAGCUUUCCUCUGCAGCUGCAAACAAGAGUGUUUAAAAAAGCACAUUUCCAAAAGGCUACUUGAUUUUUGUUUUUCUGCAGACUUCUCCCAAAUGCCAUAAAUAAAGGUGGCUUAUUGCACCAUACACCAAAAAGUUUAAGGUGUUUGCUUUAUGUUGCAGCACCUUGGGUUUUUUUUUUUUUUCUUGUUUUCCACACGCUGAUGAAGUCAGACCUAUUAACUGCUGAAACAUCACAUCCCUUUUACACGCCACCACGACCACUAUGAGUGUGAAACUUCCUGUUUGCACCAGAAA